AUGCCCCGAUUCUGGUGGUUUUUGUGCCUCCUUCUCAUUGCUUCUCUAUGCGCUACCAGUCAAAGUCAGAUCAUCGAUAAGCGAAGGAUAGGAAUGCGACUGCCAAACAUGCUUCACUACAAACCAACCUCGAUUGAAAAGCGUCGAAUCGGCAUGCGCUUACCUAAUAUUAUCUACUUGAGGUCAGAACCUGAGAAGAAGGAGCAUUGGGAGUACGACGCAUUUUGA